AUGGUCAUCUUAUCCAGACAUGAUCACCACAGGUGCGAAUCAUGCAUCGACAGAUUAUUCACUCUAGGUCCCGCCCCUUGCCCUGUAUGCAAUAAAAUCCUGCGGAAACUAGCAUUUACGCCACAAACGUUCGAGGACCUCGAGGUGGAGAAGGAAGUCGCCGUGCGACGACGUAUAGCCAAAGAGUUCAAUAAACGGAUGGAGGAUUUCCCGGACCUUCGAUCGUAUAAUGACUACUUGGAGGAGGUCGAAGACAUCACCUUUAAUCUUAUUCAUGAUAUAGAAAUACCUGAAACCGAAGCUCGCAUUGCUGCAUAUCGUCGCGAGAACGCCGCUCUCAUCGAGCUCAAUAUCCAACGGGAGGAACAGUAUAAUCGUCUCCUGAAAGAGCAGGAGGAUGCAGAGCGGCAGGAGCGUGAGCACCGUGCAGCUGAGCUCCGGCGGCUUGAGGAGGAAGAACGAGAGGAGCGCGAAAAGGAGCGCCAAGAACUCAUUGACAAGCUAGAGACCAGCGACAAGGACGCAACAAGGCUAGUUGCGAAGUCUCGCGCCGAUGCGCUACGCCGUGCGUCUGCUCGCUCAACAGCCGCAGCCAAUAGCUUCCAGAGCAGCUCUAAGCUGUUACGCUCGCGCGCGGCACAAAAUACAAUUGUCCCAGAUGCCCCCCACGUGCCGCUCCAAGACGAUUGGUACGCGUAUGAGGAUAUGUACAUCCUCAGGGAUAACUAUGAGGACCCCGCAAGUGAAGCGGUAAGACGUGAUAGAGAGGGUAUCAUGAAAGCAGGCGGCUAUCGAGUCGAAGAAGCAUGGGAGCGGGCAUUACGAUCCGCCAUCGCUGGACUUGAAAUUAUGCCUGCAGAAGGCAUUCGCACAGUGGGAUCUUGA